AUCACCAUCACCAGAUGCAAGGGCUUGUUUUCUACUUGUACGUGAUGGACCUCCGCCAUGAACCUGCGCAGCUGGACUGAGCAGCUUUUUCUCUCAAUUCAUUCGCUGUUGCAGGGAUAUCCUAAACUCAAUUGUCUCCAGUCCACCACCUAAACCAUGCGCCUUGAGCUAGUUCUUGAAGCAAAUGCCAAUGCACACUCGUACCGCCCGGGCGAUCAUGUACGUGGAGAGUUGCUCAUCCGGGGUCACGGACUCAAGCAGGCAUCAGAAAUCACUGCCAAACUUCAAGGUAAACUAAGUUUACACUCCAACAAGCGUCAAAACGGUGGAACCUCUUCCUCUACAUACACAGGGUCUCCAUGCAACAAGUCAGAUCAUGUGGUGCACACACUGCUCGAACAGUCCAAGCAGAUCAAACUCGCCACGAAAACCUCGACGUUCAAUCCACCAAGUUGCAAUCAUGACGCCGACUACUACGCCCCAUUUGACUUCACAUUCCCAAGCAGCAGCUGCCAAUGCCGUUGUCAACUACCGCCAUCACUCGAGACAUCAUCGUCCGGACACACGAUCAAGGUUGAAUAUGCCAUCACCGUGACAGUCCGACACCGUCUGCUCUGUCGAGUAUCGAGACUCAAAACUCUACGCCAAGUCAUAUCCUUCGAGUCAGAGCCUUCGAUCCCCGUCUUACCAACGUCGAAUAUUGGGUCCCUCUCUGCGAGCAAGCUGUUUCCAAAGCUUUACAAGGCUUUGGGUAAUCAGGGCGUCUCCAGGAUCAGAUCACGAUCUGAUGAGUGCCUACCUCAAUAUGAGCCUACGCUGCAGCUCGAGGUGCUACUUCCGUCACCACCCAUCCUGACCCCGGGGAGGCCGACGGAGAUGCAGCUAAUCAUGCAUACUCCGUCAGAGCUUGUCGCCAGCGAGAAUAUCUACAUCCGCAGUGUCGAAGCGCAGUUGGAGAGUUGUGUAGAAGCCAAAGUUGGACUGGUCACAAAGACUGCGACCGAGACACGGAGCGGCUGGAACUUGCAAGGACUGUUCCCUGUCAACAGAGAGCACUUUGAGGUGGAUUUAGGAACCUGGGGACAAUACCUGGUCAUGGAUGCAUUGCCAACGUGCAAGUCGUGCGUGCUGGACACGACGCAUUGGCUUCGCAUUUCGGUGGGGAUAUCUAUAGGCGGAAGCGAGAGGACUCAGAUUGUUGAGGCAUCGCUUGAGGUCAUCAUUAUCGGCGCACCACCUAGCUAUACUACAAACCCAUCGGUAUAUGUUUAAUAGAGGCAGAC